AUGUCGAUUGUAUCAUUUAAAGUUUCGGAUGAUAAUCCAGUUACUGAAAAGACUCUAGCAGCUCAGCUAGCUAAGCUCAAUGUAUCACUUCAUCCUGCCGAGGAAAGCGAAUUUCGGAGCUUUUUAGCGGCCGCUCAUGAAACCGCUAAAGCAGUGGAGGAAAUGGAUGACUACACGCCUCCAACAGACCUCGUGCGUUUCCCAAGGAAAAACUUACAAGCAAUUAUGGCGAAAGACAAACUUGGGGCCUGGGUGUAUAAAUUCAGUUUGCAGGACACGGAAGAGAAUAAUGGUCCACUAUCAGGUAUUUCCAUCUGUGUUAAGGACUGUAUUGGUAUUGCAAAAAUUCCUCAAAUAAUGGGUACUGACUGUUGGGAGCCUUGGACCCCGUCUACAGAUGCCACUGUGAUCACUCGUCUCCUUAAGGCGGGUGGUAAAAUCAUCGGAACUUCAAAUUGCGAACAGUUAUGUGCAUUUACAGGGAGUCACACUUCAUGCCUUGGAAACGUGCAUAAUCCGUACCUUCUUGGACAUUCCGCCGGGGGAAGUAGUUCUGGAUCUGCUGCGCUCGUUGCAUCUGGCCAAGCUGAGAUGGCAUUAGGUGCGGACCAAGGAGGAAGUAUCAGAAUUCCUGCAGCUAUGUGCGGCCUAGUUGGCUUGAAGCCCACUUUUGGCUUGGUACCUUACACCGGGAUAACCAGUAACGAGUAUACACUCGAUCAUGUGGGGCCAAUGACCAAAACUGUGGAAGACAAUGCCAAAAUGCUCCAAGUACUGGCUGGGAUAGACGGUUUCGAUGAUCGUCAGUGCGGGGUUCCUGAAGUACUUGAAUAUGAAUUUAAGGAACACCGAAAGCUAAAGAUUGGAAUCUUGAAAGAGUCAUUCGAGAAUCCCUUCUUAGAGAUUUCCAUGAAAAACAAAAUCUUGGCUGCCAUUGAGAGAUUCAAAGAACUUGGCUAUGAUAUAGUGGAAGUAUCCAUUCCGAUGCAUACACAAGCUCCACAACUCUGGUCAAUAAUCGAAAGAGUUUCGGGACUUCAUAGCCGACUGGGAAAAGCUAGUGGGAGACGCUUAUAUUCUGAUCCCGUGUUUUUCAAACAUACCCAUCCGUUGGGUGAUCAUUUCUUCUCCAAAGCGCCUGUGAAUGUUAGAAAUAGUAUUAUCAACGGCUUAUAUUUUGAGGAGAACUUUCCAGGGAUUUUUGCAAAGGCUACCAAUUUGGUGCUAAAAUUACGUGCAGAGUACGACAAUGCUCUUUGUAAGGUAGAUCUUCUAAUAGCCCCCACGACUCCUUUUGCUGCUCCAGUCCAUGGUCCUCGAGAGGGCUCUCCAAGGGAACAGGUUAGUAGUACCUUCGGAAUAAACACCAACACAUGCCCUUUUAACAUAUCCGGACAUCCCGCGUUGAAUUUGCCCAUAGGAUUUUUGCCGACGAAGGAUUCAUUAUGUAAGCUUCCAGUUGGCAUGCAGAUUAUUGGCAAAUACUUUGACGAAUCAACCAUAUACACAGCCGCAUAUGCUUGGGAACAGAAAUUUGAUUGGCAUUUGAAUUAG